GGUCCACAGCUGAGUAGCGGCUUUGGCGUCGCAGUGGGUGCAGGAACAGUGGAUUGAGUGAGCGUUUGGUGCAAGUCGAUCUGUCCGAUACUUCGUACCUUUCCAGAGCGCAGCCAUGAAUGAGGAGGAGGACAUUACCACCACACCACAUCCGAGGAGUUCAGCAAGCCCACUCUCUGCACUCACAUUCUGGUGGACAUUGAGAAUCUUCAAAACAGGCUUAAAGAGAGACAUUGAAAUUGAAGACCUGUAUGCGCCCCUGAAAGAGCAUAAAUCAUCACUGUUGGGUGAAAGAUUUGAAAGGUUGUGGAAACAAGAAUGUAGAAGAGCAGUGAAGAAUAAAAGAAGUCCAAGUUAUUUGCGUGUUAUACUUAGUGCCUGUGGGUGGAAGUAUAUGAUGUACGGAUGUAUUCUAGCUGCCAUUGAGUUGAUUGUCCGGGUGGCACAGCCACUCCUUCUUGGUUUUCUGUUACAGUAUUUCUCACCAGGAAGUACCAUGCCAAUACUGGAAGCAUAUCUGUAUGCUACUGCAGUAAUAUUGUGUUCUUUGAUAACUGCCACUGUCACACAUCCAUUUGCAAUGGCUAUGUAUCACUUAGGCCUCAAGAUGAGGGUUGCCAGUUGUUCACUUCUUUAUAGGAAGGCACUGAAGCUUAAUGAGAAUGCUUUAUCAGGUACUGCUACUGGACAGGUGGUAAAUCUUAUGGCUAAUGAUGUCCAUAGGUUUGAUAUGAUAUUCAUACUUGGACAUUACUUGUGGCUGGGUCCCAUAGAAACAGCUAUCAUAACAUACUUCAUAUGGACAAAACUUGGAGUAGCAGCAUUUGGUGGAACUAUUUGUGUGUUGCUGUUUAUUCCUUUACAAGGUUAUCUUGGUAAACUAAGUUCCAGAUUCAGGUACAAGACAGCAAUUUGCACAGAUGAGAGGGUACGCACAAUGAAUGAGAUAAUUUCUGGAAUUCAGGUUAUCAAGAUGUAUGCAUGGGAGAAUUCAUUCACAAGAUUAAUUGCUGCUACACGAAAGAAGGAAAUGAAUGCUAUAAGGAUUAUGCAAUACAUUCGAGCUGUCACUCUGUCAAUGGGCAUGUUUGUUACUCGACUGUCAACAUUUUUCAGCAUUAUAAUAUUUGUUAUGCUAGGAGAAAAUGUAACUCCUGACAAGGUUUUUGUUGUCUCUGCUUAUUAUAUUAUUAUGAAACAAGCAAUGAGUGAUUCAUUUCCCAGAGCUAUUACAGCACUAGCUGAAGGUCUCAUUUCUGGCAAGCGCAUUGAGAACUUUCUCAACAAUGGUGAAAUAAAGCCAGUGAACCUAGGUAAUAUUCAUAAGAGAAGUGUUGUUCAUUCGAAAACUGAAAAGGGAUAUGCAGAGAAAGAAACUCCUUGUAUUAAAUUAAUAGAUGUCACAGCCAAAUGGGAAAGCAGUGCUGAAGAUACUUUAAAGAAUGUGACUCUCAAAGUUGUUCCAGGGAAGCUGUUUGCCAUUAUAGGGCCAGUAGGUUCAGGAAAGUCAUCCUUACUACAGACUAUUCUGGGUGAGCUGCCAGCCACUUCAGGAACUCUGGCUAUAAGUGGUAAAGUUUCAUAUGCAUCACAAGAACCCUGGCUGUUUGCUGCUACUAUUCGACAAAAUAUACUCUUUGGUGAACCUUAUGACAGAGAGAGGUACUGGCAAGUGAUAAAAGCAUGUGCACUGGAGGUGGAUUUUGACUCAUUCCCACACCGUGAUAAGACUCUUGUUGGUGAUAGAGGCAUCAUGUUAAGUGGUGGACAGAAAGCUCGUGUUAAUCUUGCCAGGGCUGUCUAUCGCAAAGCGGACAUCUAUCUUCUUGACGAUCCUCUUUCUGCUGUUGAUCCACAUGUAGCAAGAAAUCUCUUUGAUCAGUGUAUUACAGGACUACUCAAAAACAGCAUAUGUAUCCUUGUUACUCACCAGAUUCAGUUUCUACAUCAUGUAGAUGAAAUAAUUAUUCUUCAAGAUGGUGUGGUUCGAGCAAAAGGCAGUUAUUCUGAGCUUCAGGUGUCUGGCCUGGAUUUUGCUAAACUUAUGAAUUCUGAGAUCAGAGAUAAAAGUGCAGAAGAAGACAGUGGGCCUGAAGAUGAAAUAGAAAAACAAGAGUUCGUUGAGCGAAUGGUGUCAAUUGAAGAAGUAUCAGCACCACAACAAGAAGCGGAACUGAGAACUUCGGGUGGGGUUAGAAAUUCUGUGUACUUAUCAUAUUUCUCUUCUGGUGGCAACUACUGUCUACAGUUAUUUGUGGCUGUUGCAUUUAUAUUGACACCAGUGGUCGUUCUGGGUGGUGACUACUGGCUCUCCUACUGGACGAACUCAGAAGAGAUAAUCCAGACUCUAUAUAAUGAAAGUAACUCAACAUACUACAGUGGCAUCAACACAUCUUUGACAGCAUACGGUUGGAUACCAGAUACAACAACAAGUGUCUAUAUCUAUACAGCAGUUAUGGUUGCUACGGUUGUAAUUGCUAUAGUCCACUCCUUAUCAUUCUUCAUCCUUUGCACACGUGCAUCAAUGAGAUUACACAAUCAAAUGUUUAUUGGUGUAACACAAACAGCUAUGCAUUUCUUCAACAACAAUCCUGCAGGUAGAAUUCUCAACCGGUUUUCAAAAGACAUAGGAAAUGUGGAUGAAAUGCUUCCUCUUACCAUGAUAGACACCUUUCAGAUCAUCCUUUCACUUAUAGGAACAGUUCUCACAGUUGCUGUGAUUAAUUUUUGGACGCUGAUACCAACUGUAGUAUUGAUUGGAGUAUUCUUGGUGAUUCGUAAAAUAUUUCUUUGUGCCUCACGCAGUCUAAAACGCCUUGAAUCAAUAACACGCAGUCCUGUAUUUUCUCAUGCCAAUGAGUCCCUUCAAGGCCUUCCAACCAUUCGUGCCUUUGGUGCACAGAAAUUGCUCGAAAAGGAAUUUGAUCAUAUUCAAGAUGUAAAUUCAUCUGCUUUUUACAUAUUUACUUCUAUCAGUAGAGCUUUUGGACUUUGGCUGGAUUUGGUUUGUGUAGCAUAUCUUGCUGUUGUCACAUAUAGCUUUCUAGUCCUGGGACAAGAUGUGUUUGGUGGUAGUGUGGGCUUGGCAAUCACUCAGUCUCUCAAUCUAAUAAGGAUGUUCCAGUGGGGAAUCCGUCAAUCAGCUGAGCUUAUAAACCAGAUGACAGGUGUGGAACGUGUCUUGGAGUUUGCUGGUUUGAAGCCAGAACCAUCUCUUGAAUCACCUUCUGGAAGAAUGCCACCUUCCAACUGGCCAGCAACAGGACAAAUCAAGUUUCAUCAUGUGUUCUUAAAGUAUAGUGAAAAUUCUCCACCUGUACUGAAGGAUUUAAAUUUCACUAUAAUGCCUCAAGAAAAGGUUGGCAUAGUUGGUCGAACAGGAGCCGGAAAAUCCUCCAUUAUUGCUGCACUUUUCAGGCUAGCUAACAUAGAAGGAGAAAUUAUGAUUGACAACAUAGACACAGGUACUAUAGGGCUCCGUGAUUUCCGCCCUAAAAUCUCAGUCAUUCCUCAGGAACCGGUGCUCUUCUCUGGAUCUCUCCGUAAGAACUUGGAUCCGUUUGAUGAAUUUCCAGAUGCUGAACUUUGGCAGGCUCUGGAAGCAGUUGAACUGAAAGAUGUAGUAAAUGAAACACCAGCAGGGCUUAAUUUUCAAGUGUCAGAGGGUGGAUCUAAUUUCAGUGUUGGCCAAAGGCAGCUGAUUUGCUUAGCAAGAGCUGUUAUUCGCAAAAACAAAAUACUUGUUCUUGAUGAAGCAACAGCUAAUGUGGAUCCUGUGACUGACUCACUUAUACAGCAAACAGUCCAUGAGAGGUUUACUGAUUGCACAGUACUUACCAUUGCUCAUCGACUGCACACAAUUAUUGACAGUGAUAAGGUUCUAGUUAUGUACAAUGGUAAUCUGAAGGAAUUUGACCAUCCGCACAUUCUGCUCAGUGACAAGAACAGUAUAUUCCACAGUAUGGUUGAAGAAGCAGGAAAGGUGGUAUCAGAAGAGUUGAAGAACAUAGCAGAAGAAUCUUACAGAAAUAGAAUGCAUGAAAAAUCAUCAUGAAGAAUAAUUAAUGAAGAAAUAUGAAACAUCAUUUGGUCAUUAGCAAACAAAUGAAAUCCUUAAUGGGAAACAGAACAAGGAAGAGAUGGUGACAUUGAAAGGAGUCUUCAAAAACUGUCAGAAAAAAUUCAUUAUUCAUGAUAAGUGUCAUCCUAUUUCAUUUUGUACUGUUUUGAGAAAUGUUUAGUAUAUGCCACUAUUGUUUCAAGAAAUCAAUUGCAAGAUUGUGUUUGUGUAAGUGAGGAGAGCUAACACAGAAAAAACCUCCAGAAAUCCCAUAUACUAAAAUUCAACAAUACAAAAUGUACUAUAUAUGAAAAUAAUGUGUUUCACCUAAAAAAUAUUGUACUGCAAACCAUAUGUUCCACAUACAAAGUAUUAUUGCAUAAAAAUACCACAUUGUGAAAGGAAAUUUUAAA